CCGUGGGCCGCGCCCAAAUAUGGAGACGGCCGGGCAGGAAUCCGGGGGGCCGGGCCGCGCCGCGCGAUAAAAGCCGCCGGGCCCCGGCACCCACCGAGCGCCACAGCUGAGAGCAGCGUCUCUGCCCAGCCUGAGCCGGAGCGACACACACCCCCCAGAAAGCCGCCACCAUGUGUGAUGAGGAUGAGACCACCGCGCUCGUGUGCGACAACGGCUCCGGCCUGGUGAAGGCUGGCUUCGCCGGGGAUGAUGCCCCCAGGGCUGUCUUCCCCUCCAUCGUGGGCCGCCCCCGCCACCAGGGUGUCAUGGUGGGUAUGGGUCAGAAGGACUCGUACGUAGGGGAUGAGGCGCAGAGCAAGAGAGGCAUCCUGACUCUGAAGUACCCCAUCGAGCACGGCAUCAUCACCAACUGGGACGACAUGGAGAAGAUCUGGCACCACACCUUCUACAAUGAGCUGCGCGUGGCCCCCGAGGAGCACCCCACCCUGCUCACCGAGGCCCCCCUCAACCCCAAGGCCAACCGUGAGAAGAUGACCCAGAUCAUGUUUGAGACCUUCAACGUGCCUGCCAUGUACGUGGCCAUCCAGGCGGUGCUGUCCCUCUAUGCCUCCGGCCGUACCACCGGCAUCGUGCUGGACUCUGGCGACGGCGUGACCCACAACGUGCCCAUCUAUGAGGGCUACGCCCUGCCCCACGCCAUCAUGCGCCUGGACCUGGCUGGCCGGGACCUCACCGACUACCUGAUGAAGAUCCUCACUGAGCGCGGCUACUCCUUCGUCACCACCGCCGAGCGUGAGAUCGUGCGCGACAUCAAGGAAAAGCUCUGCUAUGUGGCCCUGGACUUCGAGAACGAGAUGGCCACGGCCGCCUCCUCCUCUUCCCUGGAGAAGAGCUACGAGCUGCCUGAUGGGCAGGUCAUCACCAUCGGCAACGAGCGCUUCCGCUGCCCAGAGACCCUCUUCCAGCCUUCCUUCAUCGGUAUGGAGUCUGCUGGGAUUCAUGAGACCACCUACAACAGCAUCAUGAAGUGCGACAUCGACAUCAGGAAGGACCUGUACGCCAACAAUGUCAUGUCCGGUGGCACCACCAUGUACCCCGGUAUCGCUGACCGUAUGCAGAAGGAGAUCACUGCCCUGGCUCCCAGCACCAUGAAGAUCAAGAUCAUCGCUCCCCCCGAGCGCAAGUACUCUGUCUGGAUCGGUGGCUCCAUCCUGGCUUCCCUGUCCACCUUCCAGCAGAUGUGGAUCACGAAACAGGAGUACGACGAAGCCGGCCCCUCCAUUGUCCACCGCAAAUGCUUCUAAGCAGGCUGACACGAUGCCGCCGGGACCCGCUCUCAGGACGACGAUGCUGCCGGGCUGCCGGAGCCCGUCUAACUCCCCCUUUACUUUUGUAACACCCCCUGCGACGGGCGCCGCCACCUCCCCGUGACGCGGUGUCUGUAAAGUGUACAUACGUUAAUUUAUUUUACCUCGUUUUGUUUAUUUUUCAAACCAUGCCCUGCGGAAGGAAACUCGAAACACUUCAAGAAGCAUUAAAUCAUCAGUCAUUCUGGCACGCCCCACG